AUGAGCAAGGGAGGCAGAGUGAAAGUCUUUAGCGACGACUUCGCAGAAGACAGCCACAACAAAACUGUGCGCGCCCUCCCAUCAACAUGGUAUACAUCACCGGACAUGUUUGAGCUUGAGAAGCGUGCCGUUUUCUCCAAGAAAUGGCUGCUUCUAACCCACCAGAACAGGCUGGCUUCACCGGGUGAUUGGCUCAAAUUUGAUGUCACAGGCUAUGAAUUUGUGGUGGCCCGUGACCGCAAACGAAACAUCAACGCAUUCCACAACGUUUGCCGCCACCGUGCCUUUCCCGUCGUUCAAGGAGGCCAAGCAGGCAAUUCCUCGAUCUUUGCCUGCAAGUACCAUGGUUGGUCCUACGGGCUGAGUGGAAAUCUAGCAAAGGCCCCUAGCUACGACCAGCUGGAAGGAUUCGACAAGAGUCAGAACGGGUUGUUUAAGAUUCACUCCAAGGUCGAUGCUUACGGAUUUAUUUGGGUCAACCUCGAUAGUUCAGAUGAACCGGAACCGUGGACUAAUUACUUCAACAACAUUGACAAACAAGAACGACUGGAAACUGUCAACUUCGAGGACUACGUCCUAGAUAACGAAUAUGAAAUGAGGGGAAACUACAAUUGGAAGAUACUGGCCGACAACUUCAACGAGUGCUACCAUUGUCCUUCUACCCACCCGGACCUCCCCACUCUAGCAGAUCUUGAGAAGACAAAGGUUGACACGAGCAAGGGCUGGAUCAAGCAUUCCAGUGUAUUGACCGAGGAGCAAAAGAAGGAUGGUCUUGGACUUGCAAGCACCUAUUUCUACCCCAACGCUUCCGUGGUUGUUCUGCCUCAUUUCAUGAUGAUUCAAAGGUUCAUUCCCACCGGGCCCUCUUCCUCGGGUAUGCACUAUCAGAUUUUUCGAAACAAGAAUUCUUCGGAGGCAGACUUUCGCUUGAUUGCGGACCUGUACCGCCGAGUUGUCUCGGAAGACAAGGAUCUUUGCGAGGGCGCUCAGAAAAAUCUAAAUGCUGGCAUCUUCGUUAGCGGAGAGUUGCAUCCUAGAUUAGAGCAUGGACCUUUGUCUUUCCAGGAAGGACAUAGAGAGGCAAUCAGAGCUCACGUCAAGCAGGAGAAGGCGCUCGGCCGCCAAAUUUGGCCUGCCCGCCAGAGGUUACCUGCUUCGGCAACUAACAAUAUCGAGGAUGAGGAAUUGUGUUCGGGCUUGGCGUGUGGGGAGCAACAGGAGGUGCUUGCCUGGUAG